AUGCUGGCAGCAGCAGCUGCUACAGCCAUUAUACCGCUGCUAAUGUGCUAUAAGAUAAUAUGCUGGUGGGAAUAUGACAAAAGCAAACAUCCUGUUGUGAAGCCUCUUCUGUGUUAUACAACUCCAGGGAGUGAUUGGCGUGUAGUUGCCAAUAAUAUUAAUAUUGAAUUUCGAAGCGUAGAUAAAGUAUGCAUUCCACUGACGGCCACCAGUAAGUUUGUGGCCACAGAGACGUGGCUGAUUCGAGUAACUCAAUAUGGAAUGAAUGCUGUGAAGCAAAGGGACUGUUCUUUGGUAGCAACUGCUACUGAUAGCUACGCUCUUUCUACUACGGGCGAGGAUGAGGUUCAAUAUGUAAAUAUAGAAGCAAUACCGUCCCGACCUGACGUAAAUCAAUUUUCAUUCCGAAUGACUACAACAGCCUUGCGAGAGAUACAAUCGAGACUGAGGGAUCCUGUGCGUGUGCCGGAACAUAUAUCCUUGUUACCUACUGUCAUUGAAAGAUUUGUAACCGUAUUCAAGCAUCAUGUUGAACAGAAUCCUGUAUACUAUGUUGAUCAGGAACUGGAGCAGUGCAUUGGCUGCAUGCAAAAUAUGGCAGACGUGAAGAUAGACCGUCGCUGCCUGCCUGUACCGCCGCAAUUGGAGGCAAUUGCUCCUCCACCUUGCCAACAGUGCAACUGCAGGGUGCUGUGGUGCUGCGCGUGCGUGGCGCGGUGGUGGGCGGCGCGCGCGGCGGGCGGGGCGGGCGGCGCGGGGGGUGCGGGCGCGUGGCUGGCGGCGCGCGGCUCGUGCCCCGUGUGCCGCGCGGUUUUCUGCAUGCUGGACGUGCGGCCCGCGCGCCCCAGGCCCUCCUGA